AUGGCUUCCCAACACAAGGUUCUCAUGCUUGGCGCUGGCUUCGUCACCCGCCCUACUCUCGAUGUCCUCAGCGAAGCUGGCAUUCCUGUCACCGUCGCCUGCCGUACUCUUGCCUCUGCUCAGAAGCUCUCCGAGGGCGUCAAGAACGCCACCCCCAUCUCGCUCGAUGUCACCAACGACGAGGCUCUCGAUGCUGAGGUCGCCAAGCACGAUCUUGUUAUCAGCUUGAUUCCCUACACUUUCCACGCUACCGUCAUCAAGUCGGCUAUUCGCCAGAAGAAGCACGUCGUUACCACCAGCUAUGUCUCCCCCGCCAUGAUGGAGCUCGAUGCCGAGGCCAAGGCCGCCGGCAUCACCGUCAUGAACGAGAUUGGUCUCGAUCCCGGUAUCGACCACUUGUACGCCAUCAAGACCAUCGAUGAGGUCCACCAGGCUGGCGGCAAGAUCCUCUCCUUCCUCUCCUACUGCGGUGGUCUCCCCGCCCCCGAGGACUCCGACAACCCGCUCGGCUACAAGUUCUCCUGGUCUUCUCGCGGUGUCUUGCUCGCUCUCCGCAACGCGGGCAAGUGGUGGCAGGAUGGCAAGAUUGUCGAGGUUGAGGGCAAGGACCUCAUGAAGAUGGCCAAGCCCUACUUCAUCUACCCCGGCUACGCUUUUGUCGCCUACCCCAAUCGUGACUCUACCAUCUACAAGGAGCGCUACAACAUCCCCGAGGCUCAGACCGUCAUCCGUGGCACUCUCCGCUACCAGGGCUUCCCUCAGUUCAUCAAGACCCUCGUCGACAUUGGUUUCCUUGACGACACCGCGCGCGAGAGCCUGAGCAAGCAGACCCCCUGGAAGGAGGCCACCAAGGAGAUUGUCGGUGCUGCUUCCUCCAGCCAGGAAGACCUCGAGGCCGCCAUCCUCUCCAAGGCCACCUUCGAGUCCCCCGAGGACAAGCAGCGCAUCCUCAGCGGUCUCCGCUGGAUCGGUCUCUUCUCUGACGAGACCAUCACCCCCCGCGGCAACCCUCUCGACACCCUCUGCGCCACUCUUGAGCAGAAGAUGGAGUUCGAGGAGGGCGAGCGCGACUUGGUCAUGCUCCAGCACAAGUUCGAGAUCGAGCACGCCGAUGGCUCCCGCGAGACCCGCACCUCGACCCUCGUCGAGUACGGUGUCCCCGGUGGCUACUCUGCCAUGGCCAAGACCGUCGGUGUUCCUUGCGCCGUCGCUGUUAAGCAGGUCCUGAGCGGCCAGAUCUCUGGCAAGGGCGUUCUGGCUCCCAUGAGCACCGAGAUCACCGAGCCCUUGAUGAAGGAGCUCCACGAGAAGUAUGGUAUUACCAUGAUUGAGAAGACCAUCUCCUAA